AUGGACAGUUGCCCGGAUGAGGUGCUCCUCAAAAUCUUCAACCGCCUGAACUUCAAGAGCGUUGCAAACAUUCGCCUGGUCAGCAAACGUCUGGCCGCGGUUGGCGCCGAGGCGUUGGUCAAGAGAGUGCGUUUCCAUUGCAGUCAAGAGUCGCUCGAACGUCUCAACACCAUCGCCAACCAUGAUAUCUUCAGCAAGUACGUCGACACCAUCGUCUUCGAGGGCAACAUUCUGGCAAAUGUCGGUUGCGUCCACACCUACUCGGCACAUUACGAGCUUGAACAUCACAAGUAUGAAAGACCACAACCUCCUGAGAAAAAUGCUACCGCUCGAGAGAAGAGACUGUAUGAGCGGAAUUUGAUCAAAUUCAACCACGACAUCACGCUCAAAUAUGACCGAUACCGCACGUUCUAUGACCAGCAGCAGAAAGUGCUCAAGUCAACUGCCUACGAUGAACUCAUAUCCUCGAGUAUUCCUUGCUUCCCAAAAUUGAGCAAGGUGGUCUUGUCCACGGUGGGCAGGUGUAAGCACGUACUCUCCCAACGAUUCCUGGAAAUGUUUGCCGUCGAUUGUGCCAUGCCAAUUGAACAUGACACCAAAUACACGAAAGAACAGCUCAAACACCUCCUUUUCCCGCAGGGCCGACCUCUCACUGCUCUACACUCUUUGGAAGUGCACGUCGUCAGCCCCAAGUUCUUCGCUGGCUUUAUGCCCGGAGACUUGAUCUGCCAGGCAUUCCAGAACCUGAAAGUCAUCGACCUCAACUUUCGACUGGAGAAAGACGACCGUCACGGUCUGGACGCCCUGACAGCCGAUCGCUGCUAUGGAGACUUGAGCAAAGGACAUCUUCAAGACGCGCUUGCAGCUGCCAAGGACCUGGAAGAACUGACCAUCAACUUUGACGAUUUCGGUUUCUACGGAGCCUGUACAAACAUGCAGCAGAUUUUGGGUGAUCAUGCCUGGCCUAAUCUCACAACCUUAGACCUCGACUGCAUGUCGACCAGUGAGAGCUAUCUCCUUGACAUGUUGACACGCCAGCCAGCCCUUGAAAAGCUCCGACUAGGCUUCAUUACUCUCGAGGGCGGACGAUGGCCGACUACCACCAUGCAUAUGCGAAAAAACUUGACCCUCAUCGAGUUCUCGGCACAUGGACUCCUGGAGGAUUCGGAACAGAUGUACCCUAUGCAUUUGAUCGACGCUGAAGCUUACAUUCUCGAUUAUGCACAUUUCAGUCUGGCGGCUGCUCUCGACCUGUAUGUCACGGAUGGAUACGACGAAGAGGAUGAAUAUCAUCCACUGGAGGACAGCGAGUUUGCCGAUCCGGAGGAGUUGCGCGAAGAAUACGGCCCAUUUGAAGACACAGACUACUCCGAGAUGGACUGCAGCGACUAG